UGCUCACGGCGGGGGGGGGGGGCACAGCGCGACCUGCCCGCGGCCAGGGCCCAGCCAGAGCACGGCCCGCGGGCCUCCUGCAGCACCGCGUGCGGCUCUCUGCAGGCCCGCGAGGAUUUGCUGUGCCCAGGAACCACCCUGUCGGAAUGGGCCGUGUUGCUGAAGGAUGCCCGCACAGCUUCUCCUGUGACAGAAGGACUUCGCUUGUGGCAUAUUCUGAUGGCUAUGGCAACCACAAGAAAUGUAAUGAGAGCUGUCAGAGUGUUUGAAUUUGGUGGCCCUGAAGUACUUAAACUCCAGGCAGAUGUUUUAAUUCCUGUCCCAAAAGAAAAUCAGGUAUUAAUUAAAGUCCAUGCCUGUGGGGUGAAUCCUGUUGAGACAUAUAUUCGUUCCGGGAAUUACGCUAGAAAACCAGCUUUACCUUACACUCCUGGCACAGAUGUUUCUGGUGUGAUUGAAAGUGUUGGGGAACAUGUGACAACGUUCAAGAAAGGAGACAAGGUUUUUAGCAUUGAUACGAUCUCUGGAGGUUAUGCAGAUUAUGCACUUGCUGCAGCUAAUCGAGUCUUUCCUUUGUCGGAUAAAUUGGACUUCAAACAAGGAGCAGCAAUUGGAAUACCCUACUUCACUGCUUAUCGUGCUCUUUUCCAAAAAGGCCAUGCUAAAGCAGGAGAAAGUGUUUUAGUGCAUGGUGCAAGUGGGGGUGUAGGAAUAGCAGCAUGUCAAAUUGCCAGAGCUUGCGGUUUAAAGGUUUUGGGUACGGCAGGAACUGAGGAAGGCAUGAAUAUUGUUCUGAGAAAUGGUGCUCACCAAGUAUUUAAUCACAGAGAAGCUAAUUACAUUGAUAAAAUAAAGGAAUACACGAAAAUGCAAGGAGUUGAUAUAAUAAUAGAAAUGCUCUCCAACAUCAAUCUUGCUACUGACUUGCAUCUGUUGUCCUAUGCAGGAAGGGUGAUGGUUGUGGGCUGUAGAGGUACCAUUGAGAUAAAUCCAAGAGACACUAUGAGUAAAGAAUCUAGCAUAAUAGGAGUUGGUCUGUUUCUUGCAACUGAGGAAGAAAGGCAUGAAUGUGCAACAGCACUUCUUGAUGGCAUAGAAGCUGGCUGGCUGAAACCGAUUGUAGGCUCCGAAUAUCCACUGGAGAAAGUGGUUAAGGCUCAUGAAGACAUUAUUCAUAGCAGUGGUGCUCGAGGAAAGAUGGUGCUCCUUCCAUAAAGUCUUCUUCCAUGUAUUUUCUAGCUGUUCUAACUGCACCUUUGCUUAUAUGAUUCAUUGAAUAUAUUUUAUAAAAUAUACUUUUGAUCAGGUUUGAAAGGAACGGUAAAUGCUAGCUUAGUAAUUAUAUUGAUUUAUUAAUUUGUUUUAUUUUUCUAAGAAAUGGACUUGAGCAUACUUUAAUUUUUGUAACUUUUUUGGCUGAUGUGGAAAUAAUAACUUUUCUCUGCUGGUGUGGCCUUCUGAUGGAAACCUAGUGAUAGGGAAACUAGUAUCUAAACUGGAAUUUGAGAUCAUCCUCUUUACAGGGAAGCUAUAAGUAGUGCAAAAUGAAGCCUGCUUUUUAAGCAGAUAGACAAAUAUAUGUAGCUUACUAUAUGCAUGUAACCAGGACUGUAAAUUCUUUAGCUAAUGUUUUAUUCAUCCUUUGUCACAGAAUUUACUUAGAAUCCAUUGUUAAAGUAUUAAGGUAAGAGACGGCCCCACAAUAUGUCUCUUUAAGCCUCUUCCUCAGAUCUUAACAUUUUGUUUUAAUGCUUAGGGGACCACUAUUGUAAGACCACACAGAUAAAGGGAAUGAAAAAAUGCAAGUGUUGUACAAACUCAAAGACAAUAAUAUGUGCUAGCAACUACCUGAAACAUAAGCUGAGCAGAGCACAUCAACAGCACCAAAUUCAGUUUAACUGGUUUAAACAGACUCAGCACAGUCCACAGAAAAGGAGCCACCUCUUCUUGGUGUGGACUCGGACUCUCCGUCAGCUGCCUGCACGCUGACAGCCCACCCAUUGGCAGGGACACCCCUGGUGGCAGCUGCCAGGGAGGGUGAGAUCCAGUGUGGCUCAAGCAUGGUGAGGACAUUUUGGGGAAACUGAUAUUGGAGGGGUGACUGAUGGGCAAGAGUGUUAAGUCAUGUACCUGUGUUAUUUGGAGUAAGGCCUUAAAGAAUUGAUUAAUUGGAA